ACAAUGCAAACAGUAUUUUAUUGAUGUCAUUCACUUCCAGACAACUUCCCUCUUCCCAAUUCCCUGUAGGGAAUGCCACUUUUUAUUAUUCUUUUUAAUUGAAUUUUACAUUGCAAAUUUAAACUAAAACAAUAAACAUCAUCAUCAUUUAGGAUUCCCUGAAUCCUUUGACUCCCCUCCACUCUUCCAUGGUUACAAUUUUCAAUCUUUUUCCACUGCUUCCCUUAUUUUGUCUAUUUUUCUUAAAUAAUCCAAUUUUACCUUAGUUUAUAGUACAUUACAAAUGUUACUCAAAUCCUGCCAAAGUUUUUAGUUGUUUACAGUGUUCUCUUAAGUACAUUGUGAAUUCCCCCCAUUGUUUCUUAAAUUUCUUCUCUUCCUGGUUUCUGAUUUUCCUGCUCAAUUUGGCCAUUUCGGCAUAGUCCAUCAUCAUCAGCCAUUUGUCCAGGAAUCUGUGCUAUCCUGCAGAGAGGGGUGAAACACAAUUCCACCUGCAAAAGCUUCAGCUAGUCAUAGCCAUACUGUUUCAUUCCCAAUCACUGCAGCUCUCAUACCUUCCUGCUGUAAUCUCAUAAUUUUUCAUACCACAAACAUAUUGGUUUAUUCGUUUCUUUUGUUCCUCUUUUGUUGCUCUAAUAACGUGGGAAUUUGGGGAAGCAUCACAAAACGAAAAAGAUAGAAUGGUUCACAGGGGAACUUGAAGUCACCUUGCCUUAACUACCUCUUUGGAUUGCUAAAUUACCUGUGAGAUAUAUCUCUUCCCUUUUUUUCUGCUUUCAGGGUUUUCUUUUCUUUGAGGAGGUGGCUGUGCAUGUCACAGAGGAGAAGGGGCCCUCCUGGAUCCAAGCCAGAGGGCCUUGCACAAUUACAUCAUGGAGGAGAAUUACAGAAAUCCGGCCCCUCUGGGUGAUCAGAAGGAGAGCAGUCAAGAGAAUGAACCCCGGAGAAUUAAAACUGAAGCAGAAGAAAAUGUGAGGAAGGAUGCUGUUCUUCCAGGUGGUGCUGGCUUCAAUGAAAUUCCAGUGCUGGAAGAACCUUACACAGGCAAGAAAGAGGAAAAUGUCUCUCCUUGUGCAAAAAAACCAACUAGAAUAUCAAGCCUUAGCACCAUUAGAAGAAAACAUGGUGGGGAUAAACGGUUUCAAUGUUCAGAGUGUGGAAGAAGUUUCAACUACAAGUCACAUCUUCUUGUACAUGAAAGAAUCCACACAGAAGAUAAACCAUAUAAAUGCUCAGAGUGUGGAAAGAGUUUUUGUUUGAGCUACAACCUUCUAACUCACCAAAGAAUCCACACUGGAGAAAAACCAUAUAAGUGCUCAGUGUGUGGAAAGAGUUUCACUCAGAGCAGUACGCUUUUUAAUCACCAAAGAAUCCACACAGGAGAGAAGACACAUACAUGCCCCACUUGUGGAAAGUGCUUCAGCCAGAUAACUGACCUUCUUAGUAAUCAAAGAUUCCACACAGGGGAGAAACUGUAUAAAUGCUUAGAGUGUGGAAAGAGCUUCACUCAGAACUCUUCACUCAGAGAAGAGAAACGGUAUAAAUGUUUAGAGUGUGGAAAGAGUUUCCGUCUGAGCUCCAACCUUCUUACCCAUCAAAGAAUCCACACUGGAGAAAAACCGUAUAAGUGCUCAGUGUGUGGAAAGAGCUUCACUGACCGUAGUAGCUUUUCUCGUCAUCAGAGAAUCCACACAGGAGAGAAGCCACAUAAAUGUUCCAAUUGUGGAAAGUGCUUCAGCCAGAACAGUCGACUUCUUAGUCAUCAAAGAAUCCACACAGGGGAGAAACCAUAUAAAUGCCCAGAGUGUGGAAAGAGCUUCACUCAGAGCAGUACACUUUUUAAUCACCAAAGAAUCCAUACAAAGAAGCCACAUACAUGUUCCAGUUGUGGAAAGUGCUUCAGCCAGCAAAGUGACCUUCUUAGUCAUCAAAGAAUCCACACAGGAGAGAAACCAUAUAAAUGCCCAGAGUGUGGAAAGAGCUUCACUCAUAGCAAAAGCCUUCGUAGUCAUCAGAGACUUCAUGCAGGUGAGAAACCAUUUAAAUGUGCCGAGUGUGGGAAAAGCUUCAGUCAUGGCAGCAACCUUACUUAUCAUGAAAGAACCCACACAGGUGAAAGACCUUAUAAGUGCUCCGAGUGUGGAAAUAACUUCACUGACCGCGCUGGCCUUUCUCGUCAUCAGAGAAUCCACACAGGAGAGAAGCCACAUAAAUGUUCCAUUUGUGGAAAGUGUUUCAUCCAUAACAGUAUCCUCCUUAGUCAUCAAAGAAUCCACACAGGUGAGAAACCGUAUAAAUGCCUAGAGUGUGGGAAAAGCUUCACUCAAAGCAGUACGCUUUUUAAUCACCAAAGAAUCCACACAGGGGAGAAGCCGUAUAAAUGCUUAGUGUGUGGAAAGAGCUUUGCUCAGAGCAAUGGCCUUCGUUAUCAUCAGAGGCUCCAUACAGGUGAAGAACCUUAUGAAUGCAUGGAGUGUGGAAAGAGCUUCAGUUGUAGAAGCCACCUUACUAGACAUCAGAUAACUCAUACAAGGGAGAAACCUUAUAAAUGCAUGGAGUGUGGAAAAAGUUUCAGUAGCAGCUACUACCUUAAUGUGCAUCAUAGAAUUCACACAGGGGAGAAGACACAUAAGUGCUUUGAGUGUGGAAAGAGCUUCAAUUGCAGCAACUCCCUUAACAUGCAUCAUAUAAUUCACACAGGAAAGAAGCCAUAUAAGUGCUUUGAGUGUGGAAUGAGCUUCAAGUUCAGCCACUCCCUUAACUUGCAUCAUAUAAUUCACACAGGGGAGACUCCUUAUAAAUGCUCUGAAUGUGGAAAGAGUUUAUGUGACCCUAGUAGCCUUACUAAACAUCAAAGAAUUCACACGGGGGAAAAACCAUUUAAAUGCAUGGAGUGUGGAAAGAGCUUCAGUCAGAGUGCCGCCCGUAAUGUGCAUCAAAGAACUCAUACAGGGGAGAAACCGUAUCAAUGUUUGGAAUGUGGAAAAAGCUUCAGUUCCCAGAGCACCGUUCAUGCACAUAAGAGAAUUCACACAGGGGACAGACCUUAUAAAUGCAUGGAGUGUGGAAAUAGCUUCAGCUGCAGAAGCCACCUUACUAGACAUCAGAUAACUCAUACAGGAGAGAAACCUUAUAAAUGCAUGGAGUGUGGAAAGAGCUUCACUCGCAGCUACUCUCUUAACGUGCAUCAUAGAAUUCACAUGGGAGAAUCCUUAUAAAGAACUCACACAGGGGGGAAACCAUAUAAAUGCAUGGAGUGUGGAAAGAGCUACCGCUGCAGUAACCACCUUUCUCGACACCAGAUAACUCAUUCAGGGGACUAACCCUAUGAAAGUUGAUGUGUGGAAAGAGCUUAUUACAGUGGUUUCUUUACUGUGCAUGAAAGAACUUGUACAGGGGACAAACCAUAUACAUUUUUGCAGUGUGGAAAGAGCUUCAGUUGCAACAGCUGUCUAGUGAUAAGUCGCCAGUAGCCAGGUGCAAAAUGUGUCUGGCGCCUGGCUAAUUUCAAACACUGCCCCACAUUGGUAUUUAAUUAAAAUAAGACAUGAACUUGAGGAUUUUCUCUCUGAUUUACCAAUAUGUUCAUUUAGUCAAGCAUUUAUGACUUGUUUUCAGACUAUAUGCUCAGAAUAUUUAGAGCACGGGUGUCAAACACAAGGCCCAGGGGCCUAAUCCGGCCCGCCAGACCUCGUCAUGUGGCCUGCGUAGCCGCCGCCGACAAUAACCGCUGACAGUAGUUCUGGAGCCUGCGAUAGGCCGAGGGUCAAAACCGGGGGCGGGGCUGCAGGCGGAGGCCGGGGCGGUGGAGCCGCGCUGAUUGCCUUGGCCAGGGAAUUUCAAUUUCGAAUGAGGCUGAGGGAGGCGGUGGCACAGCGGCCAGACGGGGAAGUGAGAUGCAGGAGGAGGAGGAGGAAGCCCGCCGAGGAGGUAGGAAAGCCCUACAGGCGCUGCCGGCAAAGUUGGUGCCGGGACGGAGCAGCGCUGGAUUUUUUUUUUGCAGGCUUUGCUGUUGUCUCCGAGAGCGAGUGAGGCGGCACUGGGGAGCCGCCGCCCGCCGCUUCCCUUUCUCUACUCGGCUGCAUCCGGGAGGUGGGCGAGCGAGCGGGCGAAAGGGACGCGGAGUGAGCCUGAGGGGGAAGUAGGCGAAGCGCAACAGUCGCUCUCUUGAUGGAGCCGGGUUUCUCUUCCCUCUUCCCCCGUUUUCUCCUCAUAGACACUCGGGAGGGUGCCUGGCUUUUGCUCUGCCCCCCACCCCCGAGCCGCCCUUUGGCUUCUCAGUUCCGGUGGAGCUGCUCCCUGGGGGGCGGCCGGGAGGGAGGCGGCAACGACGGCACGGGUUCCUGCUCUUCCCGCUCUGUCGCCGCCUCCUCUCAGCCCCUCGUGAUGUAGGGCUCCAGAUGGAGUCGCCUCGCGGUUUGAGUAGGUGGGAGGGGAAUUUUUUUUGGGGGGGGAGGUUUUCAAGCCUCCUCUGCCUGCAGUCCCGGUAGGGAGAGGCGGCGGCGAAGACGACAACAGCGCGGGUGGGGGGAAGAGCAGCUCUGAGGCGAAGAUGCACGUCCGCUGGGGCUGCCGCCGCCUUCCUCCUCAGGAAAUCCGCUGCCCUCCCUCAGCGCGAGGGGAAGGGACUCUGGCGCUGAGGAGGGAGGAUGCAAAAGCAAAGCAGGGAGUUGGUGCUGCACCGCAUGUUCCUGCCCCUCUCCAAAGCAUGGGGUGGGUUGCAGCGUGUGGCAUCCUGCCUAGCGGGGUUUGGGUGUGCGCAGGGCGGGAGAGGGAAGCCCUCUUUCCAUCUGCAGGUUUUUAAUCCCAGCAGUGGCUUUCUCCUUCCUGCCGAAGGUUUAGUUGAGCCCCCCCCCCCCGGAAGCCGUUGAUCCCCACCUUUUGUUCAAAUUUCCCUCGUUUACAUCCCCUCCCACACACGCGCCACGACGCAGGAAUGUGAUCCGCGUGGGGGCGGGAAUGAGCUUACAUUAUUACAAAAAGUAAUAAUUGAAUGCAGUGACAAUAAUUUAUGAUAAUAAAGAGUGGACACAUAGUCCUACAGACACAACCAGCCCUUUGAGGGUGACCAAACUGCUGAUGCGGCACCCGAUGAAUUUGAGUUUGACACCCCUGAUUUAGAGGGACACUAAAAAAUUCUUUCAGAACAGCAUCUUUUCUGAACCAAGUUUAUCCUUGAUUUGUUAUGUAAUAUACCUGAUGCGGAUGAUCAGCUGAAAGUCACAUAUUUAUUGUCUGGUUUGAGAAAUUUGUGACACCAAGUUAUGAGAUUUGCUGUUGCUGCCCCAAAAUCUAAAUAAAAACUUUUGUGUGCGUGUGUGUGAUAUAGGCUGAUACUGGUUUUUUUAAAUAAAAGAUGCUGUAUUUUACUCUCUUACUGCCUCCAUUUCUUCCCCUUCUAUUUGCCAGGAGGUGAUGGGACUGAUCUUCUCAAGUCCUCUGGCCAUUGCUGAGUUUUCCAAGCUUGCUGGCAUAUUGGGUGUAGCACCUUAACAGCAUCAUCUUUUAAAAUUUUAAAUAGUUCAGCUGGAAUACCAUCACUUCCACUGGCCUUGUUAUUAGCAAUGCUUUCUAAGGCCCAUUUGACUUCACUCUCCAAGAUGUCUGGCUCAAGGUCAGCAACCACACUACCUGAGGUGUACGAGACCUCCAUAUCUUUCUGGUAUAAUUCCUCUGUGUAUUCUUGCCACCUCUUCUUGAUGUCUUCUGCUUCUGUUAGGUCCUUACCACUUUUGUCCUUUAUUAUGGUAAUCUUUGUACGAAAUGUUCCUUUCAUAUCUCCAAUUUUCUUGAACAGAUCUCUGGUUUUCCCCAUUCUAUUGUUUUCCUCUAUUUCUUUGCAUUGCUCAUUUAAGAAGACCCUCUUGUCUCUCCUUGCUAUUUUUUGGAAAUCUGCAUUCAGUUUCCUGUAUCUUUCCCUAUCUCCCUUGCAUUUUGCUUGCCUCCUCUCCUCCGCUAUUUGUAAGGCCUCGUUGG